AGGAGCUAGUAGUUUGAAGUAACCUAUUCCUUUUGGACACUUCACAGAUUUGUCAAUUUUAUUUUUCUCCAGAAUUAUUUCACUCCGGUAUUCGCAGCACUGAAUAAAUACCCCCAGAAGAUCUGAGAUAUAUGAAUUAAUAUCAUAAAAUAACACGGUACAAGUUCGAUAAACAUACCGCGGAAGAGCUUUAGAUACAACUUCGGAUACAAACAGAUAAGAUGAUUAGAUCCACACAAAUUGCCAGGCUGGAUGGUAUGCUUGUCUAUUUAUUCUCUGGACUACAACUAAUCUCACCAUGUAGGCCUUAUGUUAUGCGCCUCAGUUGAUGAUGAGCAGGUGCGCAAGUUGUCCCUAUGUUGAUUGUUGCGAAACUGACUCAUGUACCUCCCAGACUGAAUCUUCUCUGGCAGAGAUCAAGUCGCAAGUCAAGAUGGUUCUCCGAAAAAUGAAUCGAAAUUCCGCCGAACAAGCCACUCUCGAUAGUGGUCCAUAUACUAUGCAGUACGUUGAAGAAACACAAUAUCCUUAGGUCGGAUGGAUGAAUCGUAUCCUUGGUUGGCUCUAUAGCUCUUGCUGUGGGUGCAGCAUGGGCUAGAACCAUGAGACCUUGCAUAGCGGCGCACAAAGUGGAAUGGCAAGGAACAAUAUGCAAGUGCAGAUCUGGACUUCUACUGCAAUCUGAAAGUGGUAUACAACAGUUAAUUACCAAAUUUUUGCGCUGAAUGUAUCUCCUGAUUUUUCUUCAAUAAUCAGCAAUUGGAUUUCAAGCUUGGACAUAUCGUCCAUAUCAUUCUAACGUAUCAUAGUUACAUGAUUGCCAACGACAUCGUUUUCCUCUGCAUCUGCGAACGCUCAUAUCCACGGAAGCUUGCAUUCACCUAUCUCUCAGAUCUUUGCACUGAAUUCAACACCACAUAUCCAGCCACUCAAGUACACUCGCCGACUUUACGACCAUAUGCCUUUAUGGAUUUCGAUACUUUCAUUUCGCGGACGAAAUCCACAUACUCCGACACACGAGCAACUCAGAACCUUGACAAGCUCAAUGAUGAACUUCGAGAUGUUACUAAAGUCAUGACCAAGAACAUUGAGGACCUGCUUUAUAGAGGAGACAACCUGGAGCGUAUGGGCGAGGUUAGCAGCAGACUGAGAGAAGAUAGCAAGAAAUAUCGCAAAGCAGCGGUAAGAAUUAACUGGGAGCUAAUGUUGAAACAAUACGGACCGAUUGGUGGCCUUGGACUUUUCAUGAUCAUCUUCAUCUGGUGGAGGUUCUUUUGAUAUCUCCGGAUGCUCGUGGAUACAGUCACAUAAAAAUGGGGUUUGGAGAGGCGUUGAUGAUAUAUAUGGAGGGAGUUUCGCAAAAUUUGCGGCGGCAGCUUUUGCUUCCAUGUAUAAUGAUUCCCAAUAAAUCGCAAUUUUCCCGUUAUUAAAAUACCCGAUCUGUCUUGGUCAGCUAGUUCUGAAGGAGUUUUUUUAUGGCUCGGAUUCACUCACAUGCAUAUUUUAG